AUGGAAAUGUUUAUGUGGAAAGAGACUAAUGGGUAUUAUCAUGAUCAAUUUGCAUGUGGAUAUGGUAAAAAGGUACCCAAAAUGAUGUCUUCUUGUGCAUCACCUCCGAUUGCACUUGGAUGCAUCCAACAUUCUAUCUCCAAAAUGGACACGUUAGCUGGCAUUGCAAUCAAGUAUGGUGUUGAGGUUGCAGAUAUAAAAAAGGUGAACGGGCUUGUUACAGAUCGUCAAAUGUUUGCUUUAAGGACCCUCCACAUUCCUCUACCUGGAAGAUAUUAUAACUCUGGUCACAGUCCAAUCGAGGUAGCAAGCUCGAAACUGUCUGAAUCAUUCCGGUCCCUAGAAGCGAAUUCUUCUGGACAGAAGCUCGCUGCAUCCAUGAACGCUUCACAAGGCUAUUAUGGAAAUGUACCAACAGACUUGGAGGCAACAACUUGCAGCAAAGAUUCAUCGGAUUCGGCAACCUCCAGUCGGCCAUGUCACCACCAGAAAUCUAGGAGUUUGGCUGAAAGCAUUUUGGAUGAGGUUAUGCAGAAGUCAGAUAUGGAGCACAACAACAAUAAACGGAGUACUGAAUCGGACAUUAGGGCUACAGAGAUCCUCAUGAAGGAAGAGAGUAUUGUUGGAUUGCCAUCAAGAAAAGGAAAUAGCUUAGCUCUCAGACAGAAAUCUGCUAGCAGGAUUGCAUUGCAUAUGGGAGGUGAUUUUCUAAAUGGUGUGAGGAGAUCAUCAAGUACUUCAUGCUUGCAAGCUCAAGGUAACACCAAUUCUUCAAACAUGAGGUCUAAUUCAAGGAGCCACAUGAAACAAGAUUAUUUCAUGUCAUUUUCAAUUCCAAAACCAACCUCAACUGGAAGAACAAGCAAAGCUGCAAUUGAUUAG